AUGAAGAAGCUGAGAUGCCAAAGGCUGAAAGAGGAGAAGCCAGGUCUUACGCACACUCAGUACAAGGACUUGAUUUGGAAGAAGUGGAAGAAGUCUCCUGAUAAUCCUCUUAACCAGAGAAAUAUGUGUUGUCUUUUGGAUCCGAGUUGCUGUUUGAUGUGUGAUAAGAAGCAUAAGACGAUUGAGAAGUGUAUGGUUCAUAUGCAUAAGUUCCAUGGGUUCUUCAUUCCUGACAUCGAGUACUUGAAAGAUCCUAAAGGGUUUCUAACCUAUGUUGGUUUAAAGGUCAAGAGGGACUUCAUUUGUCUGUACUGCAAUGAACUGUGCCAUCCUUUCAGCAGUUUGGAAGCUGUUCGAAACCAUAUGGAAGCCAAGAGUCACUGCAAAGUGCAUUACGGUGAUGGUGGUGACGAAGAAGAUGCAGAGCUAGAAGAGUUCUAUGACUACAGCAGCAGUUACGCCAAUGAAGGCGAAAACCAGAUGGUUGUAGCUGGUGAAUCAGCUAAUACGGUAGAGCUAUUUGGUGGGUCUGAGCUUGUGAUCACCAAGAGAGGGGAGAACAAAGUAAUGUCCAGGACUCUUGGGUCUCGAGAGUUCAUGCGUUACUACAAACAGAAGCCACCACCGUCUUCUCAGAAACGCAUUGUCAACUCUUUAGCCAUGAGGUUUAGCAUGGGUUUGGCAACGGUGCAGUCGAAGGAGGAUAUUGUAUCCCUUUUAGCAUUGAGAGAGAUGAACAAAAGAGGAGCUAGGAUGCGUGUUAAGCUGGGAAUGAAGAGCAAUGUCAUCAGAAAUCUGCCCAACAACGUUACGUAUUAA